UGGGCGGACCCGGAAUAAUCUGCCAAAGCCCGAGAGAGAAAUCAGCGACGGCAGCCAGCGGCCGAUCCGGACGGUUCCAAACCUCCACGGGGAGUCGCGAUCAUGCAGGGAAACCUCGCAGAGGAGCUGGAGCUGGAGAAGAGUGUCCGGCGAUUUAGAGAGAAGUUUCAUGGCUCUAUCCCAGUAGAGACAGCUGUGCUGCUGAUGAGAAGAUUUGCAAACCAGCAUGACCAAGUGUGUAGAUACAUUAUCCUAUGCAAGGAUGACCUUGAUGACAUUGAUCCGGAGGAAAGGAAUGGGUUACAUGAAGACAGGGUGGCGAUGAAUGUAAUCAACAAAUUGAAGAAGGACAGUGAAGUACCAAAGAAAAUGACUACAGACAAAGAUAUAAAGGACCUGGCUGUGAAGAUGAAGCACCUGCCGCUCACAGAAAAGAAUUUGAAGAUGUUUAACAACGCUUCUGAAAACCAGAUCCCGUCUAACGACCGGCAGUUUGCAUGCAAGGAGUGCGAUAAGAUGUGGUGGAGAAGGGUUCCUCAGAGGAAAGAGGUCUCAAGGUGCCACAGCUGUCGUAAACGAUAUGAUCCCGUGCCUUAUAAUAAGAUGUGGGGGAUUGCGGAGUUCCACUGCCAGGCCUGUGGCCGGAUGUUCAAGGGAUUUGCGCAGAUGGGGAACGCAUGUCCUUGUUACACGUGUAACACUCCCGUCAUGCCCUCACGUAUACUUCCUCCUCGCCGUUACAAUGGUCCACGAAACCGCAACGUCCACAGCUGCUUCGCAGAGGACUGUCACAACCGAAGAGAACCUUUCAUUCCCGGCAUGCAAUGCGUCCACCCAAAAAGCAGAUCCAAAAACCACCAUACCAAAGUGUUGUACCCCAGUGCCUUACACGUGAGCUCAGGGUCCACCGUGGCUACCUGCCUGAGUCAGGGCAGCCUGACCCAGUGUGAUCUUGAUGACCUCAUCCUGGACGACAUAAAGGAGACAGACGAAGACGAGAGUGAUGACGACAGUUAGAUUCUCCAAAGGUCCGUAUGGAUUGUCGACACCUGCUCAGAUGUUUGGAGUGAACCACUGGCUAUCCAGCACAUUUUUGUUGGUUACGUGACUACAGCUGACCUGUCAUGAAGGGUAAUGCUGAUGUAGGAGAAUCACGCUUAAAAGCUAAGAGUUACAUUAAACAAAUGUUUAGUUUUAAAGAAAAGAGCGAGUGCCUUACAGCAUCUUGGGUCUACACAGUGACAUUGUUGAUUCUCCUAAUGCCUUGAUAACAACUUCUUAUAUUCCGCCUACCUAGCACUUCUCUAGCAACUUCCAUUACUCUAUGUCAUUUUCCCUUCUGUUCUUUCAUUGUUUGAUCAAAUGCUUCUCGUUGCCCCUUUGAGAGAACAGACAAUGUAUUUGGCUGCUGCAUUAUCUCACUAUGGGGCAGAUGUAUUAAGCCUGGAGACAGCAUAAGGAAGUGAUAAACCAGUGAUAAAUGCAAGGUGAUAUAACUGUUAAUUUACAUAUGGGAGUUGAUUGGCUAGUGCAUUUAUCACCUUGCACUUAUCACUGGUUUAUCACUUCCUUAUGCCUUCUCCAGGUUAAUAGAUCUGCCCUAGUGUUCCAUCACCAUUCUGCAGCACUUUCCACAUGUUGUGGGGGAAAAAAACACUGUAUCCACAGUUUUGGAAAAUACAUUUUUAUAGAAAAUAAAAUAAAAUGCUUUGGACCAAA